AUGAAUAGUAAUAUAACAAGAGAACCAGGCUUAUAUGUCUCAGUUGCACAAAUAGAUGCUACAACCUUCAAUGUUUGUUCUGUUGCUCCACCAAAUAUUGUUUCAGAUGGAAUAUGGGGCGGCCCAGAUAGUAGAAGGAAUCCAAUGAAGUCUGCACUUCCUGUGUUUGAGAUGCAGCUUCUUGUGAUUUUUACUAUCACACAAAUAUGCAAUUUCUUCCUAAAACGUUUGCAUUUCCCUGCAUUUAUUGCACCAAUGCUGGUUGGCCUAAUUCUAGGCCCUUCAAUUCAACAUGCGGAAUUUGACAAAUACAAGAAGCUAUUGUUUCCAUAUGGAAGUCAAGACAUACUUGCAACAAUAUCAUUAAUUGGUUAUGUGCUUUACAUCUUUACCAUUGGUGUGCAAAUUGAUUUGAGCAUGGUAACCAGAACAGGACACAAGGUUUGGACCAUUGCAAUAAUGGGAUUUGUCGUGCCUAUACUGUUUAGUUUUGUGCCUCAAUUUGUGGUGUUACUAGAAAAAUAUUAUCGAUUCGAAGAUGUGACUAAACCACAUUUGAUUGUAGAUAUUUAUAGGGUGGUAAGAAUACAUAGCUCGGUUGCAUUCGCAGUCACUGCUACACUCCUCAAUGAACUUAAAAUUCUUAACUCCGAACUCGGAAGAUUGGCAUUAUCAUCAGCAAUGGUGACUUCUAUCUUAGGACUGUCUCUUCAAUGUAUUGGUAAUGUCCUAGAACAACAAGAAUCACACAUGAGGAUAAUAUUUGGGAUGUCAUUGCUUGCUUUAGUUGUCUUUGCUCCAUUAAUUUUUCGGCCAUUAAUGUUUUGGAUCAUCAGACAUACUAAAGAAGGAAGACCUGUGGAUGAUGGUUACAUCUAUGGUAUCAUUUUAAUGGUACUAGGUUUAGGUUGGUUUGCAGGUUACAUAAACCAAGAGUUUGCAUUAGGUGCAUAUGUUUUGGGGUUAGCUGUGCCAGACGGACCUCCAUUAGGAUCUGCAUUAGUUAGGAAGCUUGAAUUCUUUGGGACAAGUUUGUUGCUGCCAAUAUUUAUGACUUGUUGUGUGAUGAAGGCAGAUUUGUCUUUGCCAUAUACAUUAAAUGCAUCUAUUGGUUUUGGUAUCAUCAUUUGCUUUACACACAUUGUCAAAGUAAUAGCAUACCUUAUAUCUUGCCUCAUUUGCAAAAUCCCCUUCAAAGAUGCCUUGACUCUUGCCCUCAUUUUGAAUGCCAAAGGAGAAGUGGAUCUUGCAAAACUUUCAUUUUCAUAUGAUGACAAGCAUUCUCAUAAGUGUUUAUGCAAAUCAUAUUCAAAAAUUUCAUUUGUGUAUAUGCAUGGGAUGCAGUCUUUUGCUGGCCAAAUUUAUGCAGUGAAUGUAAUCAGCAUAAUGGUCGUAGCUUGCAUAGUAAAAUGGUCUGUGAAGAUAUUGUAUGAUCCAUCAAGAAAAUAUGCCGGCUACCAAAAAAGGAACAUCAUGAGUUUAAAACCCGACGCAGAACUGAGACUACUUGCUUGCAUUCACAAACAAUACAACAUAUCAGCUAUAAUAGACGCCCUUGACGUUUUUUCUCCAACAACAGAAAAACCUUUCAUUGUGGAUGCAUUGCAUCUUAUUGAGUUAGUUGGAAGGUCAUCCCCAAUUUUCAUCUCCCAUCGUCUUCAAAAAACAGUUUCGGGUUCUCGCAAGUCUUACUCAAAUGAUGUCAUUCUUGCUUUGGAUCUCUAUGAACAUGACAACUAUGGUGGAGUAACCACACACACUUACACCGCCAUAUCUCCACCAACCCUUAUGUAUGAAGAUGUUUGCCAACUUGCAUUGGACAAAGUCGCGUCUAUCAUAAUUCUCCCAUUCCAUAGAAGAUGGACUAUUGAUGGUGCCAUUGAAUCUGAUGACAAGAACAUAAGAUCCUUAAACUGCAAGGUACUGGAAAUAGCUCCAUGCUCAAUAGGAAUCCUCGUGAGUCGAUCUUCCUUAAAAAAUAAUUCACCCGUCAAGCUAGCCAUGAUUUAUCUUGGGGGAAGAGACGACAGAGAAGCUUUGUGCUUAGCUAAAAGAGCGAUAAGGAACCCGGGGAUCAACUUGGUUGUGUACCACCUUACAUCUGAGGAUGAUCACAUGUCAAACUUGGAGUAUCUACUUGAUAAUGAGGCACUCGAAGAAGUAAAGAAACUACCACAUUAUGGCUCGAAAAAUGUUUGUUAUAAAAAAUUGAUUGUAAAUAAUAGUCCAGGGACAUCAACUGUUCUUCGCGAUAUAGCGAAUGAACAUGACUUUUUUAUUGUUGGAAGAACACAUGACUCAGACUUGCCUCUGAUAGAAGGACUAACAAAAUGGAUUGAAUUUUCAGAGUUAGGUGUCAUUGGUGAUUUGCUUGCUUCACCAGAUCUUGGGAGUAGAGCUGGUGUUUUGGUAGUGCAACAACAAGUCAAAGACAAAUAAAUAGCUAGUGGGUGGAAGCUGAUAUAAAGAACAAAAAAAUCAAAGAAAUAUAAUGUACAAGACAACAAAGAUGAAAAAAGACUAGAGAAAUAGAAAGAUAGAACAUAAUUGUUUCAG